GUCGCGGCGCGGUGGUGGGGGGAGUUUGGCGACGACUCCCACCUCGAGCGCCGCAUCUUCAGCGCCAACAUCACUAAGUGGGGCCCGACGGUCAUGAGCUGGCUUCGUCGCGAUGGAGCACAGCAGCCGCGCGACGUCUACGCGUUGCAGGAGACCCGCCUGGCCCGCCGCGAGCUCGACAGCACGGGGCACGAGCUGCAGAAGGCGGGCUUCUCAGCAGUGUUCGCAGCAGCGCGGGCAAGCGACAGAAGCGGGACAGGCACUUGCGGGGGCGCGGGGGUCCGCGUCAAGGGCCGCCUCAAGGCGACGUGGCACCGGCGCCAGGGGCCACGUGCAGCAGUUUCGGGUGCAACCACAUCAGACGCCCACAGCUGGCAUCACGACGCUUGCAACAUGUGCGGUUGGACGCCAGUCACUCUGCGCAUGCGCGGUUCCCAGCUCCUCAUCAUCUCCAUCUACUUGGGCCUGUCCCACUCCACCACCAGAGGCGUGAAUUCCAGGCAGUUGACGUCGCUGGUCGCGUUCCUCAGCGCUGCGCACGCGCGCGCGCCUUGGUUGCUCUGCGGCGACUCCGACAGGCCGUGCGAAGACAUGGUACAAUCAGGAUGGACAACCGCCCUCGGAGCUACAGCGUACGUCGGGCUCGACAGCGACCAGCGCGCCUGCUUCCUCGGCGACGCCCUGCCCUCCAACAUCGACUGCGCGUUGGUCGGCGACGGCGGGCAACGACUCGCGCGAGGAAUCCAACCGGUGCACGACGUACCUUGGAAGCCACGCAUCGGGCUCGACAUCGCCAUUGUAGCAGACGUGGACUCCGACCUCAGCCGACGACUCCAGCUACCGAAGGCUCAUAUGGCCGAGGACAGCAGCGUGGUUGACGUGACCGUGGCGCCGAAUUCGGAGUUCAACGGCGACAUGGACCGCGCGGGCGCUCGAAGGGCGCCGCGGCAGAUGCCGCCACUCGAUCGACUCAAUGCACGAGCGCGCGAGACCGACGCCAUCAACGUGGACGAUACGUGGGAGGUAGCAAACAUGAUGCACCACGGCCCCACCAGCACAGCCCCGCCCUACGCCCAGAACUGUGCCGCCUACCGGGUCGACCCCGACAGCGCCGACCAGCUAGGCGCAACAUGCCGGCACUUCAUCAGCGCGCUCGAGACGUUCUACUGCAUGACGUACCACAUCCCGCUGGAA